AUGUCAUAUGUAUAUAUUGCUUCUGAACGGCUUAAGCACAGAGUGUUUGAGGUGUAUCUUGCUGAUCUACAGAACGAUGAGGAUCAGUCCUACAUAAAGAUGCGAUUGAGAGUGGAGGAUGUCCAAGGAAAGAAUGUUUUGACUAACUUUUGGACUUUGAUUGAGGCUCAUGUUGAUGUGAAGACAACAAACAACUUCACUCUGAGGAUGUUCUGUAUUGGCUUCACUCAGAUGCGUAAAAAUCAAGUCAAGAGGACCUCACAUAUGCUCAAUCAAGCCAAAUCCGUCAGGACAACUAUAUCUCUGACAUGUAUGAUUUACUGUGCUGAGAAUUUAGAAUCAACUAUUGUUCUUGUAAUAUCAGAUAACUUGUCUUUGAACCUUAUUUGCUUAAAUGGUCUCGCUGGAUUUGGAGUUGACGAUGAAUACACAAAUUAG